GUUCAUUGUUCAUCGUCACCUUUCUGGUUAUAUAUAUCAUCAUCAUCGUCUCUCAUCUCAUAGGCUCAGGAAUUAACCAACCCCACAAAACAGUUUCUUUAUUAUAAACAUAAUGAAACCAAACUUUUCAAUCUUUAUCAAGCUUUUCAUAUUACAAUAUCUUUCAGUUCUUUGCCAUUCUCAAGAUUUUGAUUUCUUCUACUUUGUCCAACAGUGGCCAGGAUCGUACUGCGACACAAGGCACAGUUGCUGUUAUCCAAAAACAGGAAAACCAGCAGCAGAUUUUGGGAUUCAUGGGCUUUGGCCUAAUUACAAAGAUGGAGGCUACCCUUCAAACUGUAAUCCCGAUAGUGUUUUUGAUAAAUCUCAGAUCUCAGAUUUGGUAAGCCGUUUAGAAAGGAACUGGCCAACACUGUCAUGCCCGAGUGGCGAUGGGAAUAAGUUCUGGUCACACGAAUGGGUAAAGCACGGGACGUGCGCAGAGUCAGAAUUGGACCAGCAUGAUUACUUUGAAGCAGCAUUGAAGCUGAAGGAGAAAGUUAAUCUUCUUAAAAUUCUUACAGAUGCAGGAAUUAAACCAGACGAUGAGUUUUAUGAACUGGAAACCAUUGAAGAAGCUAUAAAAGAUGCUAUCGGCUAUACACCAGGCUUAGAAUGCAAUAAGGAUGGAUCCAAAAAUACUCAAUUGUUUCAGAUUUACUUGUGUGUGGAUACUUCUGCCUCUGAAAUUAUUGAAUGUCCUGUUCUACCAAGGGGAAGUUGUGCAUCUCGAGUUCAGUUUCCUAAGUUUUAGACUAUGUAUUAAUUUGUUGUGUGUAUGUUUUCCUGGAAAAUGGGAAAAUUUUCUCGAAAUGUAUGUGUUUAGUUUCUCUAAAUUUUUUAUUUAAAACACCUAUUUAUUUUAAUUCAUGAAUAAUUUGUCAA